CAUAAAUAGCUUCCUCUUCUAUUUUUAAACCAAACUAAUCCCAUAUUCCCAUUUCUUUAGGUUCUUCUUCAAUCUUCUUCUCUCUCAUUUGGAUUUGAAUAUCUCAGAUAAAGAAUAUGCAGAAGGGUAGAGAAGUUCAACAUAAUGUUUUUAGAUCAAGAGGGUUUAGAGACUUUGGUGGUUCUGGUUUCCACAGAAUUAUGACGAUGCCGAGUCUUUUCGGAGGAAGGGAUCCAUUUGAUGAUCCUUUUUUCACUGAUCCAUUUGAUAAUAUGUGGAGUCCAAGUUCUGCUUCGUCGAGAUCAAUGCUGAAGACAAACAAAGAAAAAGGAGUUGUUAUAAAAGAAUUAGACUCUGAUGAUGAGGGCGUUGAUAAUUUUAAUGAGAAGAUUUAUCGGUCACCAAUGGAGCCUUUCGUUGAGCAUCCAGAUGAUGAUGUUGAUGUAGAGAUGCAAACCAAUGGUGUAACAUACGAGAAUGAGCAUCGCAAAUCAGAAGAACCCUCUAAGAGUCACAAUUGUAAUAUGUCUUUCAAGACUAGUAGAGUAACAUAUGGCGGUAUAGAUGGUGCUUAUUAUACUUCUACCCGAACCAGAAAGACGGGGUCUGAUGGGAUGGUAAUAGAGGAAAGCAAAGAAGCUGACACGUCAAGAGGUGAAGCAACGCAUAGAAUCACAAGAGGAGUCCAUGAUAAGGGUCAUUCAGUUUUGAGAAAGUUUGAUUCAGAUGGGAAGGUUAAUACGACACAGACGUUGCACAAUCUCAAUGAAGACGAGCUUGCACGCUUUGAGGAAACAUGGAAAGGAAAUAAUCGAGCACGGUUACCCGAUUAUGACGUGCAUAGGAAGAAAGAUUUUAGAGUUGGUGAGAUAAACAAAAACAAGAUGUGGUCACUUCCAUUUUUGGAGCAGGAUAGUAGAGCAAGAGGAUUUGCAUCAAGUUUUGAAACAGGGAACAAUUCUGAUGGAAGAGCAAAGAAAAUUGUUAGAAUCAAUAUUGAGUGAAAAAUAGGAAGACAUGACAGUCCAUUUUCUUUAGUAUGUAAAAUGUAGUAUGAGGUGUGUUAUAGUAUGGUUUAGAAUUACCAUGUGUAGAAUAAACAUGAGUUCAUCCUUAGAGAGAAUUGUCAUUAUGAAUCUUGAAUUUUGAUAGGGUUGAGGAUAUGUUCCCAACUGUUUGUUGUAAUUCUUGAACUUUCAAGAGAUUUUUUUACUCUAUUUUGGUUGGCCUCUGCCUUUUCGUGAGGUGCUUUCUAUGAAA